AUGCUCACAAAUUCCAUUCUCAACCUCACAAAUACAAUCAUUUUCUAUCUAGUUGCCAUCUUUUUGAACCUCUUUUUCGGUGAUAACUUGAUGACCAUCUUCUACAAUUCGAUCGAUUUCAAUCAAGCUUUAUUGUUCAAUCUGUUUGCCAGUAUAAUAAGUGUACUAUGUUUUCGAAAACCGAAGGAAAUCGUGAGAUCGAGUGGAUUGAAGGCUGGAACGGUCACUGUGCCGACGGGAUUGUUU